AUGCGUAAGAGUCGAUUGGUUGUGUUACUCGUGUCAGUUAUAUUUGCAUUUGUGCGAUGCCAAUCACGAAAAGAUCCAGAAUACUGGACCAAUUUGGCAUCUGAGGAGCUAAAAGAGGCUUUAAAAGUAAAAUGGAAUGAAAAUAAAGCAAAAAAUGUUAUACUGUUCAUUGGCGACGGCAUGGGACCCAACACUGUGACGGCGACCAGAAUCUACAAAGGCGGAGAAAGCCAUCGGCUGUCGUUUGAGACUUUUCCACAUGUAGGAUUACUGAAGACGUAUUCUGCAGAUAGAAUGGUGCCUGAUUCAGCCUCCACUGCAACAGCGUUACUGAGCGGGACCAAAGUGAAUCAGAACACAGUCGGUGUGGAUGCCUCUGUUGAGCACAGAGACUGUGCGGCUUCUUUGAACCCUAAGGCCAAAUUGGACUCCUUGGCAACACUCGCUUUAAAAGCUGGAAAGAGUGCAGGCUUCGUCACAACAAUGCGUGUGACACACGCCACGCCCAGCCCGAUGUACGCUCACAGCGCGGCGCGGCAGUGGGAGUGCGACGCCGCCGUGCCGGCCGACGCGAAACAGUGCAAAGAUAUCGCGAGACAGUUAGUCGAAGACUUCCCCGGUAGAGAUCUUCACGUAAUAAUGGGAGGUGGAAGACAGUCCUUAGUUCCAAAUACAACAGGCACAUCCAAUGAUCCUCUAAGUUCUUGGGGUUGCUCCAGACUGGAUGGGAAGGAUCUUAUCCGAGACUACAGGGAGAAUAAGCAAAGCAGAAACUUAAAGUACAGCGUAGUCUCAAAUAAUAGAGAGUUGCAGGACUUCGAUGUGAACGAGACUGAUUAUCUCCUUGGUAUAUUUGCCAACGCUCACAUGCGUUAUGAAAGCGAAAGGGACAGGGGCCCGAAUGGCAUGCCUUCUAUCAGUGACAUGGUGGAGGCCGCCAUCAAGGUGUUGAAGAAGAAUUCGAAUGGAUUCUUUCUAAUGGUAGAAGGCGGAAACAUAGACAUGGCACACCACCGCGGUCGCGCCAAGCUCGCUGUCGAUGAAACAGCGGCUAUGGAGGAAGCAGUGAAGGUCGCUUUGGCCAUGACCGACGAGGAGGACACCCUCCUGAUAGUGACCAGUGAUCACAGCCAUACUUUAACCAUCAAUGGAUAUCCGAAAAGAGGGUCCAAUAUUUUUGGAACGACAGGCCCAUCUCCAAUUGACGGUCUGAACUACACGACUCUCGCAUACGGCACGGGCGGCCCCGGCUCCUUUCAAUAUUCCAUACAAAGUGACAACAACGGCAGUCGCAUAGUGAGGCAGGACCCCGACACUAUCGAAACAGAUUCCUUAUUAUACGAGCAGGUAGCUGCUGUCACGCUGGAUGAAAACAUUCAUGGUGGUAAUGACGUCAUCAUUUAUGCUAAAGGACCAUUCGCUCAUCUGUUCCAUAAUGUCCACGAGCAGAACUAUGUGUUUCACGCGAUUUCGUACGCGGCUAAAAUAGGAGCUUAUUCGUCGGGGAAUAUCCUUCAAUCCAGUGUUGUCAUACUAUGUAUUACUUUAUUAUUUUUGUUUAAACUA